UCACACGUAAACAAACUCUACGCACAGACACAAAGAGCAUUCCGUAGUUGAGAUCAAACUCCAAGAUCAAUAGCCUGACUAGCUGUUCAUCUCAAGUACAAUCGAUAGAAGUUGAUCCCAGACACACCGCAGUUCUACUAGCUGUAAGCUAUACUCUCAGGGAUGGUACUUUUGUGUUUGGAGUCUAGUGUUGACUUUUUCUUAGUCGAAAGUACAACUUUUGAGAAGGUGAAAUUGUGUUUGGAGUAUAGUGUCGAUAUUUUAUUAUAAACCAUUUUCUUUAGAAUGGUUUGGAUUACAGUAUGCUGCAAUCAUAGUGAAUGAGCUUAGCGUUAAGACAAUGGCUCCACAAUCGAUACUUCUAGCAUCGAACUGUUUACACUCAAAAGGUCGGCGUUGAAAGAACGACAACUCCCGAAGUAUUGUGGAUGUUUACAUUCAGCCACAAGAAGGGAUUCAAUUAGAAGGCAGAAUAUCUCGAUGUGCCUAUGCCAUGGGUUGAUGACAGCCAAGCAUGUCACAAUUAUGUCACAUCGACUUAGCAAAUAUGUGACAUUGCCGUUGACACGGUGAUUUGACUUCACAAUAAAUCAACCAUUACAAUGUUGUGCGCCAAUUAUCUUUGUGGAUAUGGAUAAAGCUCUGGAUUCUACAUUUCUAAGUUAGUGACAAGUUGGCUGUUAAUCUUUUUCACACCACAUUUCUAAUGUAGUGUGAAGUUAGAUUUUACAUUUCAAAGGUAGAGUCGAAUCGGAUAAAGCUCUGAUGAAUUCUACAUUUCUAAGGUAGUGUCAAAUUGGAUAAAGCUCUUUUGAAUUCUACAUUUCUAAGGUAGUGUCAAAUUGGAUAAAGCUCUUUUGAAUUCUACAUUUCUAAGGUAGUGUCAAGUUGGAUAAAACUCUUUUGAAUUCUACAUUUCCAAGGUAGUGUCAAGUUGGAUAAAGGAAAGUCUAUUAUAUCCAUACGCUACUUCAAAGCGCUUACCUCUCUACGUUGGCGAAAACAGAAAAAGAUUAUCUCCAAUGUGUUAAAACCUAAUUUUAGAAUGAGCGGGAUAAGGAGGACGAUGACCAUUGGUUACAUCCUGGUCAUGACUUGCGUGGCUGCCUCUCAGGCGGUCAAAGACAGCCAGGAGGCCGAAGUCCACAUCAUUGUUUCGCCCUCGUCCACUGCCUCGCCGUUCCUUGAGGUCCCCAACAAGCCCUCCGCUGACUCGGACGACCCUGAGUUCACGCUUCAGACCUUCCUCACCAUGAUGGUGACACUGCUGAUCGUGCUGACCAACUGCGCCAUCAUCAUGGUGGCCUCCUGGACGGAUUCCUUCGUAAACUUCAACAAGACCUUCAUCUACUCCCUAACUUUGGCAGAUCUGUUGAUUGGACUUUUUAUAACGCCCUACUCCAUCUUUCUGUCUGUCUACAGGAAAUGGGUUUUUACCAGUGAGAUGUUCUGUAGUGUCGAGGCCUACGUGUUCACAACCCUAAUGACCGCUAAGAUGUACUCCCUGACCUGGCUCAACGUUGACCACUACGUAGCCGUCCGCAAGCCAGAGCGCUACAACGUGAUGAUGUCCUCGACCAGAAGCUUGUGCUGGAUUGUCUUCUCUUGGAUUGUUGCCGUAUCGUUCUGCUGCCCUCCCUUGUUUUCAUUCCAGUCAGCAGUGUUCAACAAGGCGACAUCCAUCUGUAUGAUUGACACUAAGCAGCAAGUGGCUUACAUGUUGACUGCUGGAGUACUUGUAUCUAUCCCUAGUCUGUUUGCCAUGGGAGUCACCAGCGCUUACUUAUUCACAAGUUCUUUCAAGAAGAGACUUCAGUUCUAUGAGAAAGUCUACGUGGAGUUGUGCUCCAGGCCCAGGAACUAUCACAUCACUUGCAUCAUGUGUUUAGCGUUUACUAUCGCCUGGUUCCCUUUUGUUAUCAUAAAUUUGGUCGUGAAGCAAGCUUUCCAAACACAAGUGAAUGACUUCCUUCAGUUCUUCGCCUGCUGGCUGGGAAUUUCAACUAGUUUCAGCCAGUUUUUCAUUCUCAUCAUUUGGAGCGCCGACUUCCGGCUCCAUUUUCUGGAAGUGUGUCAACUGCCGAGCUGGUGCAAGCCUUGUAAUAGACAAAGUGACACCGACAGCAGAGAUAUUAACAUUAUAACUAUUCCAAAGAAGCGUUAAUUACGUGACUACGUGUAUAGUGAGAACGCCCAAACUCUAUCAAAAUAUAAUAUUAAUGUUAGAGUUGACUCAACAGCGGGAUAAGCUGGCCAAGUGAUAAUUAGCUGGGUGCCAGGACCAUUAGUCUUGCAAAGGCCCUAAGAAACCAACCACUUUAACUGGGCCCUAGACAUACUGAAAAAAAAAGUAAUGUUAGCUGGUCUUUAUACAAAACACAGGACAGACUCGUGAAAUAUUGAGACUAGAUCCGAGACGUCAACUCGUAGAGAAAAGGGGGACAAGUGUGACUGGGCUAGAAGGAAGAGAGAGAGAGAGUGAUUGAGAUAGAGUGAAAGAGAGAGAGUGAUUGAGAGUGAAAAGGAGAGAGAGAGAGUGAUUGAGGCUAAAAGAGAAAAUGAUGAAGUGGAAAAACUUGUAUUUGAUGUGUAUGUUAACUGCAGUUUAGUUUGCUAUUAGUUAUUAAAAAUAUUGUAAUUUUUCACACUGCAUAUAGGCCACUGACUCUAACCAUGAAUAAAAUACUCUUACAAACUGUCCAUGGCAGUUAGGGGGUCUGGGUGGAAAAAGAUGCCCCCCCCCCCACUUUCCUAUUUUUUUAAAUUACUCAUCGUGUCGACAGAAGUGUCUUUUGCUUAGACUUCGUGUCAUAUUUACCAAUUGUGUGUCCUGUCGAAUUGUACUAUUGUAUUAUAUUGUAGGCCUAUAACUUUUGGGUUAUCUACAGUAAUAAGUAGACUUGUUUCCCCAACUCAUAUCCUGACUAUUGUAUGAGGCGUUCUUUCUAACCAGAGGAUAUUAGACUAGGCAUACAUGACGUCUGGGGUCCUAUACAAGACACUUUCUGCGAGACGGCAGAGUUCCAAAUUCUUGAAUUCUUAAGUCCCAACUCUAUACCCAAGAAUCAUUACCACGCCAUCUGGUCAACUUUUUAUUCUCUCGCAAUGACAACAAUGUGAACUGUUUCACCCCAAAGAUUUAAAUAUGUCUCUAGCUAUGACAUUGUUCAAAUGACAAGUGAAAGACUAUGACAGGAAGAUGUCAUGAAACAAUUAUCUCAGUGUUUAUACCACGUGUUCACUAGAUAGUGUUUGAAAAAAUAAAAACUAUGCAUUUGUGCUGUUUCUUUAGUAGCAUCUAAUAAAAUAAAGGUGUUCUUUUUUUUUAUAAUCUGUAACUUGUUAUAAAAACUAAAUAAAUUUUAUAGU